AUGGACACUAAGACAGUUUUUAUGGCAUUUUUCAUAAUCAACACUUUAGUGUCAUGUGCGUAUCCGUGUUUGGGCCAAGAAGAUGUUGACGAUAAACCACUAGUCAAUCCCGGUGACUUUGAUACAUUGGAUGCAUUAUCGCCGGCUUCGCAGGAGUACAAUAUUUAUAUGUUAGAGAACCUCCCACCAAAAUACAAAACGUAUCUCGGAACCUGCGCUGAUAAGAUGGGGCCCAGUGGUAUUUCGGAAUGUAAUGAAGAUGUUCUUAGAGAGAUUCUUACGAACAAACCUGUUUCAAGAGAGUGUUGUUUGAUGGUAGUAAGAGCUGGAAAAGAAUGCUACAUGGAGAUUAGAAAGUUCAUGUUUCGAUUGUAUCAACUCAAACGCUUUGCUUCUCAAGUUUCUUUCAAAUCUAAUGAGGUUUGGAACAGAUGUUCUGCUGAAGUUGAAAGUCCUUCAUCAUCUCACGACCACACGAUUUUGUUAUCUUGAUUGAAUCUUUUGUUAUAUUAUAUGAUUUAUCAUGAAAUAAUGGUUUGUUAUAUUAUUCUAACUAUAUAAAAUAAAAUAAAACAUUCAUCAGCUUAUUCAUUUUCCUAACUCUAAUGUGAUAUAAGAAAACUUUAGUGUGAUAUCUUGGUUGUUCUAACUAGUGUUUGCUUAGCAUGGUUUUUUAUUUUAUCAAAUAUAAAACAUAAUUGCACAUGAAUCUUGGUAAACAAAAUCAUAUAUUUCUUUCUUUGUAACUCAAAUAAAUUAAGUGAUUUGAAAUUCAAUUAAAUUUAUGAAAACAAAUCAAAAGUGAGAGAAUGAUAUAGGAAAAAACAAUAUGUAACUUUCAUUUUUCGUGAAAUAAAAACGUUCAUGUCAUUUUUAUGAUCCUAGUUAGGACAUAAUAUGAAAAUUCCUGAUAACGGGUUGUGAGUUAAUUAUCUAAAACUCUUUUACAAUGUUUUCCACAAAACAUAUAACUUCUCUGUUUUUCAAGGUUUAUAUCAUCUCUACUUUUGUAAUAAUCCACUUACAGAAUGAAAUAAUCUUUGUAAUCAUAGGAUCAAAAUAUAGAUUCUCAUGAGGAGACUGAUCAGAGGGACAUUUACUUGAUCAAAGGAACAAUAUGCUUAUGCUUGAUGGGCCAACACUCUAUAUUAAAAAAAAAGCAUCAUAUUUCAAUAGUUCAGAAGCUUUUAUUCAAGUAUAACCAGUAAGAACUCAGAUAAACAUAAACUCAGAGGGAUCAACGA